AUGGCCGACUCGAGCAUUGUCCAAGCCUUCAUUGACAUUUGUGAUGCUGAGGCCCUGCGGCAAUUCUCGCCUGCCGAUUUCGAUUGGAAUCAGCCUUUUUCGAAGGACGAGCCGCCACCGCUGUGUUAUGCGAUCGUUCAAUACGUCUCCAAUAUCGCUGCCGGUGCCACAGAUAAAAUGCCUCGACAGCUCGAGGUGAUCAACACAAUCCUACAAGCUGGCGCAGAUCCGAUGCAUAAACUUCCUCCGGGUCAGAAAUGCAAAGGUGGUCCACAAUUGGCGUUGCCAGGUGUUUCAGCACUGACAUUAACCUGUUCGCUGCAAAUUUCCGCGCGAGAGCACGAUCUUCGGCAGGUUCAACAGUUUACGGAAGAUGUUCUCGUGCUCAUGAAGCGAGCAAAAUCUCCGAAGGUCCGGAAAGCUGCGGUGCAUGAGGGUGUCGUCAACCUGUGGGAGUCUGUCCGAGAGAUGAGCUCCACACACAACGUGAUCUUCGAAACUUCAGCCGGUGAGGUUUCUGCUCAUGACCAUAUCCUGAUGGCCGCCUCACCUGUUCUGAAAGCCAUGCUACAGUCCGCCAUGAAAGAAGGCAAAGACAGGCGAGUUCAAGUGAGGGAUUCAACGAAGUGCGGUAUGACGCUCUUCGUGGACGUACUGUAUACAAGCUCCACAUACCUCGAGCUCGAGUACAAGACAAUACUGGAGGCCUUCGACCUCGCCCACCGCUGGCAAGUGCAGCAUGUGGUAGACAUUCUGGCGGAGACCCUGAAAGCGGAGAUCCGCGUUGAGAGUUUUGCGGAGAUCGCCGAAGCCGCCGUCCUCAAGGCUGUGGAGCCUCUACAGCGAGCGUGCAUGGAGUUCGGGACCAAGAACAAAGAGAUCCAGACGCUGCUGAAGAAGAACGGCCUUCCGCCGGCUGUCCGGAAGCUCUUGGGGAAGCGCGAAGCCGAGGAUGACACGGCCUCCUUGAACACUGGCAGCACGCUCAUCCCCGUGGACUUCAAUCGUUGUGCACGCACCACCACGACACUCACGUGGGCCGAUGGCACCAUGGGACGAGCAUUCGUCACAGCGUCGUCAAAGAUGCUCCCUGCACGUGUGAUUUGCGAGAUGAACGACGAACUGGGUGGUAUCAUGCACAUUGCCAGCAACCACGAUUCUCACUCGCACAUGUGGAAUGCCGAGACAAUGUCGCACUACCUCGAGUUUCUGAAGAAGGAAAUCCGGCGCAAGCGGCAGUCCCUCGAUCUGGAUGCCCCACACAAGGCGCUGGUGCUGUGUGCGGAACAGCUCUUCCCCAACAAUGAUGUGGUGAAGUUGGCAGCGCCUGGCUUGUACUUCGUGCUCUCGCCCAUUCUCGCCAUACUGGGCAUCUUCCUGAUUAGCUCCGUGGUGGUCUACGUUUUCGUCCCCUUGGCCCGACGCCGGGGAGUGGAAUUCACGGAGGCGGCGAAGAAGCAGAAGCAGCGGGAAGAGGUCAUUGAAGUGCUGGAGGAAUCUCUGGAAUCGCCGUUGCAAGCGAUGGGGCUUGCUUUCGCCGAUGUCAAGGCAUCGGGAGUCUUGACAGAUGCUCCUCUGCCAUGGCUCCUCACUGGCGUGGAAGAGCCCAAAGAAUUCGCAGAAGGACUCCUAGAGCGGUCGGGCUUUCUCAAAGUGAAGAAAGGCUUGCUGGAUGUGCGAGACGAUAUCUGCAUGGAAACGCUGUUGUCUGGCACUGACUUGACUUGGGAGGAUUGCAUGGCCGAGGCUUUGGCCUUGUCGAAUGGCCUCGAGAGGUGUGGACGUCUCGCCGAGGAGUCCACGGAAGAGUCCAAUGCCCCAACGAACGAGCUGACGAAUGCCAGAGGAAGUCCCGACCUCCUCGAGACUUUUGUCUUGCGGUGUCUCGUGCAGCGGCGUGUGGCGCCAGCGGCGGCGGAGUCAAAUGUGGACAAGUCCGAGGUGGCCAUGGAGGUGGCCGACUACUUUUCCAGCAUCGAGAUGUUCGCCAAGGUGGACGAUGCCAACCUCCAGACCUUGGUCACGUCGACGUGCGCUCGACUGAGGCGGCAGCAGCAGGGCGAGGAUAAGGUGGCAGUCCAAAUCACCAAGGAGCCGACAGUUGACAUGCGGACCAAAGCGGAGGCAUCAGCUCAACUCGACCUUGACCACCUCGAUUUCGGCCUGUUCACGAGUUUCCCUUCCCCGCGGAUGCUUUUCCACCAGUGCACGCCCGUGAUUUGGGUCACGUUGAUCAACAUGUGGCCAGCACUGCUUUCGCACUACCUGCAGAUGAUCUGGUGCAAGCCUGUGCCACAGCAGGAUGGCGUGAAGCAGCGACUGCUACCACAUCCCGAUCUUCAGUGCUGGCAAGGCGACCAUUGGCCACUAGCCAUUCUGGCGCUUGUUGGGCUUAGCUGUUGGUGCAUUGGCAUUCCUUUGCUGCUUUAUCUCGUCAUCUGGCGCUUGGAUGACAGAAACAGCCCAGCCAACCACCGAAGGUAUGGCUUCUUCAUCGAUGGCUUUGAGCCUCAAUACUGGUGGUGGGAUAUCGUCGUCAAGCGAGGGGACAUCGCGAUCAUGCUUCUGUUGACCUACACCUCCGUGGCGGACGAUGACAAGGCAAAACUUCUUCUGUAUCCUAUCAUCUCUGGUAUCGUCAUGGCCCUCUGCUCCUGGUGUAAGCCGUUCCUUAACGAUCAGGCAGAGAUCCUGGACUCUUUCGAGUUCGGUCUCUCCAUCUUCCGUUUCAUCUUUUUCGGCACAGUCGCCGUGGUUCUCAUCUCCAACCCAUCUGUCACGGUGACAUUCGUUCUCGCAGGAUGGUUGGCCGUUGUGCUCACGUGCGUCUGCGUCUACCUGGGUAUGCACGUCAUCGCUCAGUUCCUCCGGAAUGUCUCGCGAGAGAUUGAGGAAGAAGAAGAGACCAAUGCACAAGAAGUUCAAUUCAACGAGCGGCUGAACCAGCGCAUUUCCUCCAAGUCCUUCAAUGAAAAGGGUGUGGUGAAAGCAGCAGGCAAAGUGCGGCGAACCAUGGCGGCAGUCUCGCAGAAAGCCGAGAGCUGCUCAGACCGGGUCAAGCAGUUCAUGGUGCGCUACAUGCUGCCCCUCUUCCAAGAGACCGAGGAAGAACGCUAUCUUCUAGAGUGGCGGCUCAAAGCGGAAGCCGUUGAACUGUUGUCCUCGCAGGGCCGCAAACGCAAGUCGGGCAAGGUUUCUUUUUGGAAGCGAGCAAGAGCGCGUCUUCUUCGCUUCGGUGGGUUUUUCCAGCGGCGCAUCGUGCGGCAGGCCCUGGAUGAGUUCUCCAUGCUCUGGUUGGAGAUCUUUGAGCAAGGGAUGUUGCCCAAGAACUCCCUGGAGGUCCUGUGCGCGCUGACUGCUGCCAACGUCCGUGUGCCCUUUAAGAUGCCGAAGAAGGACAUCCCUCAGCGUUGGGAGGAAGAGGUGCGGAGACUGCUUGAGGACGGCGAGGAAGCAACCCACCGCUUCUCGCCGGAUGCCGUGAUGAGUGCCACACAGCGAUUGGGAUCGCUUCCUGCAGAUGCGGCCGUCGGGCUGGUGAAAGCCGUGUGCCAAACUCUGCGCGCUGUGGAGAAGAAGGAGGAGGGCUCAGCAAGUCUUUCAGACUUCGGCGCACCGCCUGCUGCCCCUGAGGUUGCCGACGGCUCGCUGUCCAUGUCGCCACUGUCGACUGCGGCGCCUGGAGAUAUCGACAGCGAAGAUGUGUUCGUGGAGGGGUCACACUGCAGUGUGUGA